CCAUCCAUCUCAUGAUGGAUUUCUUUUUUUAUGUUUUUUUUCCUUCCACCAUGUUAAUGAUGGGAUUAUAAUAGGUGAGCUAUUCAUUCGCAUCAUCCUUGAUAGUAGCAGCAGCCACAGUUAUGGGCUACACCUCUUUUACUCACCCAAGCUUUCUCUGUCCAAUUAUCAUACCAAUUCCUCUUUAGAAGUGUCUCGCCGCGCUCCCGCAUCCUUGCGUCGGGACGGCAUACCCUGUAGAUCAUACCCUCUCUCGCAGAUGUGAAUCCGAGUACGACAACGCAUAUACAUACGUGCAUAAUAAGGCUCUCAUGGAACUAACGUACCAAAACGGAUACCGCGGAAGGCGGAGCGCAGGGUUAAAUAUGCCUAUAAUUAAGAGACUGUCCUACUUACUAUUCAGCGUAUAAAUUUAAUUAUAUUGUCCGUGGAAAUCGCACGUGAGUUACCGUACCGAGACGAUCAUGAGCUCCUUCGACGACGCAGUAGAGCCGUUCCGGAUCGCGGUACCGGACCAGACUAUCGAGACGCUGAAGGCCAAGUUAGCGUUGACGACGUUCCCGCGAGAGACCAGUUUCUCGAAUGACGGCGAUUACGGCGCGCGGCUAGACGAUGUGAAGAGGCUAGCAACAGCAUGGAGGGACACGUUUGACUGGAGAGAGGCCGAGGCAAAGCUUAACGAUACGUUGCCGCAGUUUACGACUAGGAUCGGGGUUGAUGGCCACGAGGACGAUUUGAAAGUCCACUUUGUGCAUGCAAAGAGCGAGAGGAAAGAUGCGAUCCCGUUGUUGUUUUGUCACGGAUGGCCCGGCAGCUUCAUGGAAGUCAUCAAGAUACUGCCGCUCUUAACGGCCGGGGCCGGAGAAGACGAGCCAGCUUUCCACGUCGUAGCGCCGUCGUUGCCCAACUUUGGCUUCUCGCAGGCUACCUCGAAGCCCGGAUUCGGGAUCCCGCAACACGCCGAGGUGUGCCACAAACUCAUGCUCCGGCUCGGAUACGACAAAUACGUAACACAGGGCGGCGACUGGGGCUACAUGAUCACGCGCGCCAUGAGCGCAAAGUACCCAACGCACGUACUCGCCUCGCACCUAAACUUCAUCCUCGCCUCUCCGCCCAGCCCGCUCUCCUCGCCCCUGCUCUGCCUGCAAUACGCCUUCGGCCUAUACACGGCCGCCGAGAAGGCCGGGCUAGCACGCACCCGGUGGUUCCAAGCGAGCGGCAGCGGGUACGCGCGCAUCCAGGGCAGCAAGCCGCACACGCCGGGCUUCGCGCUGGCCGACAGCCCCGUCGGCCUGCUCGCCUGGAUAUACGAGAAGCUGGUCGACUGGACCGACUCGUACCCCUGGACCGACGACGAGGUGCUCACGUGGGUCAGCAUCUACGCCUUCAGCGAGGCGGGCGCAGAUGCUAGUCUAAGGCUAUACUACGAAGCGAUGCAUCGGAAAGAUAUAGCUUCGGUAGGAAGCGAGAUUGAGUCUUUCCAGGCGUGGAAUGGGAAAGUCCCGUUGGGAUUAUCAUAUUUCCCUAUGGACGUGGCGGUGCUGCCUAGUUCGUGGGGGAGGAGGUUGGGACCGGUGGUAUUUGAGAAGAGACAUGAGCAUGGGGGUCACUUUGCUUCGUUCGAGAAGCCUGAUGAGCUGGUCGCCGAUCUCCGAACGAUGUUUGGGAAGAGCGGGAUUAGAGCGAAGCUACUAUUCUGAGACUGACCAGAUAGUCUAGAUUAAGGAUUAGUUAAAUAAAUCACCUAUCAUCCUUCUUCUAGCGAACACCGGUUCACAUUCACC